GUAUGGUAACUGUGGUUGCCAAAAGUCUGGCAACGCGGUUAGUCUAGAAUGAAAAAUUAAAAUUUAAACAUUUGAAAAUUGUAAUUUAAACCCAUAUAAAAAAAACAAAAUAAAUAAAAAGACCCAAUAAGAAAUGCUUAUACAUUUUGAAACGGUAUUCGUAUUCUUACAAUUUGUAUGUCCGGAAACAGCUGACGGCGUCAUGCUCCCCUCUGCGCUUGCGCUGCUUUGGCGCCCAAUAAAAAUACGGGGCAAUCUCAAUUGCAUAACAAAACGCCAGCGCGGAAUAACGGUAUCGUUAUCGUGUGCCCACGCUCAGUCAGAUACUGACUGACGUGCCUGCCCCAACGGUCGUCUGCGCGGUCGUGUGCCCGUCUCCUCGACUCGACUCGAUUUCUUCGCCCUCGUCUCGUCUCGCUUCCGUGUCCCGCGUUACCUAUUUUUUUGUCGUCGUCGUCUCCUGGCGUCUGGAAAAGUCCACCAGCCAACCAUUGGAUAAAAAAGGCCACCGGAGCAACCGCAGUUGUUGUUACCAUUAAAGGUACCAACAUAGCCAGCAGGCCGCCAUUUAAAUGGCUAAAUAAUUAAGUGCACGAUAUGCCCCGCCCACGGAUCGAGAGCUGCUGCUGCCAUUUGCGUGAAAAGCCCUGCUCUUAGCAUCGCUCCAAGUCCCAAGAACCCGUCAAAUCCGAACCCGUAACCGAAUCGGAGUCCGAGCAUCCCUGCUGGAGGAUUCGCUCGGAGGAACGUGUGUGCGCGUCCCAUGGCAGAAGUGAGUAGACUGGUGCCUCUGCCUGUGCCCUGCUAGCUAACCGGAAACGGAAACGGCGAAAACGCAACGGAACCGAAAACGAAACCGAAUCGGAAUCCGAAUUCGAGUGCGCAACGGAUACCGUAUUCGAGCACGUAACCGACCCCGGAUUGAAGGCAUCCGCAAGGCAUGGACACCGCGGCCGCCGCCGCCGCUACAGUCGUCGUUGACCUGAAGCCCGAGGCCAGCGGCAAGACGCCGCUCCUCAGCAGCCCGCUGCUGUCCAAGACCAGCUUCUCCAAUUCUGGAUGCGAGUGCCUGGGCAGCACAGUGGAGGCCAUGUCGGUGACGCCGCCACCAACGCCGCCAGCGCUGCCAGCGCGCUCCUCCUGUGAUGUCCAUGUCGAGCCAAUAAGCCACAGUGCCCAGCCGGAGACACAUCCGUCGAACGGACUUAAGGGAAAGGAGGCCGCCGAAGUGGCCCCAACGCCUGCACCCACGGAGUCCGGACAACCGGAGAGGGAAAUGCCAGCCACAUCAACGUCUUCCGCCAACGCUUCCACAACGCCAACGUCUGCCUUGCUCGCAACAUCCGCAACAGGAACGGAGCAUCAAUUAGCGGCUGGAACGGCCACCAAUACUCUGCCAAUGGCCUGCAGCAGCAGCAGCUCCGAUAACGGAGACGGUGCUAGAGCUGACAUUGGCCAUUGCGGGAGUAUUGGUGGCCGGUGCAGCUCUAGUGCCGCCUCCGUCUGCGGUCCCAACUCUGGUCCCAGUGUUGACCAGCUGCUGCUUUGGCAGGACAUGCCACAGUACCUGCAGUUCAAUCCGUACGUGCUCCGUGGAUACCGGCCGCUGCAGACCUUCAAGGGCUGCCUGCUCAGCCUCUUCUACUGGCACAACGAGACCAUCAACAUACUGACGCAUGCCAUACCCAUCUUCUACAUUCUGGCCAUCGUGCCCGGACUGAUGCCCUGGGACAGUGGCUACAAGUUUCUGUCAUUCUGCCAUGUCUUCGGAUCGGUUGCUCCCUGGUGCGGCAGCUUUGUCUACCAUCUGUUCAUGAACAUCGAGAAGGGCGAGAAUGUCUAUUACACGCUUCUCAAGCUGGACAUGGUCGGCAUCUGGGUGAGCCAGAGCUUUGGUGCCCUGCCCCUGGUCACAGCCACAACACUGUGCUUCCCGCCCGUGCUCAAGUGGCUAAUUAUUGUCUCCUAUUGCCUACUCUCCCUGUGGGGGCUUUACAAGGCCCUCACUGCCAGCUCACCCUGGCAGCGUCGCUUGUGCUUCGCUUUACCCUUCGCCAUGCGCUCCAUUCUGACCUUCCUGCGCAUCCGGGGAAUGGUGGGCGGCAGUCACAUGGCCCUUUCCCAUGUCUACCUGCAGGUUGAAGUUGACGGUGUCUCCAUUCUGGGCGGUGCCAUUGGUGCGAUGCGAAUACCGGAGAAGUGGUUUCCGGGCGUGGUCGACUUCUAUCUGAACUCCCACAACAUAAUGCACGUGCUGGUCGUGGUGGCUGUUUAUUCCAUGCACAAGGCCACCAUCAAGGACUUCGAAUGGAUGUCCACGCAGACCUGCAACACAGUUGCUAACGUCACCGAGGAGGCGCUCGGGCAUGUGGAGCUAUGACCCGCUUACUGGCUGCUGCCGUUGGUGCUGCUCCCAUUGCCUUGGAUGCUGCUGGCCAAACGGCGCGCCCGGUCUCACAUAAUUCGUGCCCUGAUUGCCCCCAUAGCCUGGCGGAGGCGGAGGCGAGCACCCGUCGCCGGGUGAAAGCGCAAGCGCCUGCUGACUAGAUAGACAGAGGACAGAUCACAGGAUCGAUCGAAAAGACAAACGCUAUUGAAUAUACCGUGUAUAAAAUAGAGCGCCGAUGCUGUUGCAGUAACAAUAUACAUACGUAUAUCUAGUGUAGGAAUAGGCCAUACAUAUAUGAACUGUAUGUGUGUAUUUACAUAUAGGACAUACUUCGACUGUGGUAUUAAGCAUUAAGGUUAUAUAAUUACUGAGACGAGACGGACGGACGAUAGGCGAAGAAGGAGGAGGAUGAACUCGGAACCAAGUCUUCGGAUUUUCACGCUAAACUCUUGGCAACAUUGAUGCAAGGAUGUAUCGGGCUAGGGGAUUGGGAAUGGGAAAGGGAAUGGGUAGUAAUGAUUUGAAUGAUGUUGAUACACAUGUACCUCAUUGUGCUUACGACAACACAUCUAAUUUUCAAAAUAAUCGUACGUAUGUAUAACUUUGUACCUCGUCGAAAAUUCUAACAAUAAGAACACCUAUAAGCUAAUCUCUUCCUAGUUGACUUUUUAGAUAUGCAAAUUGUUAUUUUCGGCCAGCUAGUGGUAGUGUUAGCCUAGUCAAUGCUCCAAUCUGUGCAUAGUUGUGAACAAAACUCAACCACUCAGCGGUGGCCAGUCGGUCAGACAGUAGUUAGAAACCCGUAUUCAAGUUGGACAAGUGUGAAACCGAAACCGAAACAGAACAUAGAACAAGAACAAUCUUCUGGCAGGCCGCUGAUGCUGCAACGAAUCACGUACAUACAUACGUAGUGAUCGCUAGGAAUAUAUACAUACAUAGUUCGAUACGAAUUGGGUUUAUAUUUAUAUCAUUUAUGUCAAUUGAUUGCGCAAUAUUAACCUCAAGUAUUUAUAUAUUGAGCUCCGCUCCCCGAGUAUUGAAUAUUAUUAGAAACCGCAAUAUUUAUUACGAGUACCGUACCCCCUUAGGUGUUAAGCAGACAACCAACCAAAGCAACUUAACUAUAUGAUAGCAACCAUUCGAACGUCGGUCUAUUUUAACCCAAGCAAUGCGAACAACUAUGAGUAAAAUACGUUUUAGUAGUGUCAAUAAUUUACACCACCCUCGAUCGUAAGAUAUAGACAGAGAGACGGAAAGCGAGCGAGAUAAAGAGAGCAAAUCUAACAAUGGAACGUAAGCUAACAAACUAAUUCAACAAAGCAAUAAUUAAUGGGCAGACUCAAUGCUUUAACUUUAACUUUAAAGUUGCUGCUAGGCGUAAGUAACAAUUAUACGAAUAAUGUAAAGAUUUUCUGAGAAGGUUAAUAAAACAUUAAAAGUGUACUUGAUGAGCAAACGAAAUUAUUGACCACUUUUGUUGUUAAUAAAUGAAUUUUAUAGGGUUUUGGGGGACUUGAGGCGAUUAAUCAGAGGGGAUUUUUAUUUAUUAUGGGAUUCUCAUGAUGCAAAUGGUGGAAACGUUGGGUAAGUAACUUUUCCGAAAUGU